GUGGGAGUAGAAAACACCCUGGAAUCAGUUGGAAGCAAAUUCCAUCCCACUGGUUUUGGUGGGAGGAAUAGUGCCCCAUUGCUGGUGUUUGGAGAAAUUGUUUACCAUCAUUGGAGUCAGUGGGAGGAAUGGUGUCCUAUCAUUGGUAUCAGUGGAAGGAAUGGUGCCCCAUCAUUGGUGUCUGUGGAAGGUAUGGUGUCCCAUCAUUGGUAUCCAUGGAAGCAAUGGUGUCCCAUCAUUUGUUUCAGUGGGAGGAAUAGUGCCCCAUCAUUGGUAUCAGUGGGAGGAAUAGUGCCCCAUCUUUGAUGUCAGUGGGAGGAAUAGUGCCCCAUCAUUGGUGUCAGUGGGAGGAAUAGUGCCCCAUCAUUGGUGUCAGUGGGAGGAAUAGUGCCCCAUCAUUGGUAUCAGUGGGAGGAAUAGUGCCCCAUCAGUGGUGUCAGUGGGAGUAAUAGUGCCCCAUCAUUGGUGUCAGUGGGAGGAAUAGUGCCCCAUCAUUGGUAUCAGUGGGAGGAAUAGUGCCCCAUCAUUGGUAUCAGUGGGAGGAAUGGUGCCCCAUCAUUGGUAUCAGUGGGAGGAAUAG